AUACAAAUCACCACCCGUCUUGGCCUUGUCUUCUGAAAAGGCACUCGCUACGACAUUGAAUUUAUCGCCUGCAUCGAGCCGUUCAAGGGCCUGUAGUGCUUUACUCUGUUUCUCACAGAGGAUAUGCCGUACUUUGAUGGACAUGCAUGAUUUGAGCUGUCCCUUCUCUUGCUCCUUCUUCUUGGCCAUGCCAGCUGAUGAGUUGAGCUUUGUGAGAGAGAGCGAAUGUUUCAAGCACAGACACCACCACACACUCGCUGGUGUCGCACGCGCACUGGCGUAGCUAGCUAGCUAAACAGCAUCUACUGUGAAGAGGCUAACUCUGCAUAAAGAUGGCCAAGGCGACUAUUCUUGUCCUGGUGGCAGGGAUGCUCCUGACUGGCUGCUUAAAUACGCUACUCCUCAAAUAUCAAGGGCUCAGCUGUAAUCAAGUACAGAGGCACGGUGCAUUCACAGGCUGCGCGUCGUUUCCCAUAUGGCAGAGUUUCUUCAUGUUCAUGGGCGAAGCGCUAUGCCUUGCCGUCAUUGGUAUUGUCAGGAUCUGGCUCUGGGCAAGAAGAGAUCGUGGCUAUGUACCGAUCGGUGUGUCUCCAGUGCCAGAAGAUGAAGAGCACGACACGGACUUGGCAGACUCAGUGCUGCUUGCGAGUAUGCAACAGGACUCACCCAAUCCGCCGCUCGAAGGUCUAGCGACGCUCUAUCUCGCACUCCCCGCGUUCUUUGAUAUUUGCGGCACGACCAUCAUGUCUGUUGGCCUACUAUUGACCACAGCAAGUACAUUCCAGAUGUUGAGAGGCGCUCUUGUCCUUUUUGUGGGCUUCUUCUCAGUCAUCUUUCUCAAGCGUCGUCUUCUGCUGCAUCAAUGGACUGCACUCGCUCUGGUAACAGCAGGUGUCUUUCUCGUCGGACUGAGCAGCCUGACGGGCAAGCAUGAAAAGUCGAGCAAGCCACAGCAUACACUGCUUGGUGUCUUGCUCAUCACUGGUGCACAAGUCUUUAGCGCCUCACAGUUUGUGCUUGAAGACUAUAUCCUUUCUCGAUAUGCAGUCGAGCCGCUUAAAGUCGCUGGCUUCGAAGGUGUCUUUGGUGUUAUCCUUACAACAACAGCUAUGGUCAUUGCCUAUGUCUUCUAUGGAUCAAGUGCAGGACAAGAUGGGACGUUUGAUAUUGGUUCAGGGAUUAUCACCAUUCUUGAGCAACGGCACAUCUGGCUCUCGUUUGUGUUAUUCGCAAUCAGUAUUCCUUCAUUUAACUUCUUUGGUUUGAGUGUGACGAAGAGCGUCUCGGCGACGAGUCGAAGCACCAUUGAUGCAUGCAGGACAUUAUUCAUUUGGGCUGCAUCAUUAGCAUUGGGUUGGGAGAGUUUUAAGGCGUUGCAGCUGCUUGGAUUUGCUGUUCUUGUCUAUGCGACGCUCUUAUUCAAUGGCGUCGUUGAGCCUCCGCGGUUCCUCCUGCAGAAGCAAGACGGCGCCGUGGGUCGUGGUGGUCUGGUUGUCGAGGUGGAUGCGAGUCGGCGUCAUAUCAGCGAAUAGCACACAAAUCAAUUGACCACCCCUACAAUAUAUACAAACAUUGAAAGCAUCAUGUCUUUCGAUACAGCGCGCGUUCAGGCUGCUUCAAGCAAACAUCCAAAGCCAGCGUAUACAUUCAGCUAUGGCACCUCUGGCUUCAGGACCAAGUAUGAACCCUCCAUUGAGACGCGACGCAUCCAGUAGACUGACUG